CAAUCGCAGCCGCGUUUCGGAGGCUGCGCAUGCGCAGCAGCCCGCGAAUGCUUCCCAUUGCCAAGAUGGCGGACGACGGUGAUACAGCAGUGAGGCGGCCGUCGACAGAAGAGAACGAGCACCAGCACUGCAGCGACUGUGAGAAUGAGGACGAGCACAACUAUAACCGAGGGUUUUGGUGUUGUUUAGGUCUGAAGGAAACAACACUGAGAAGCAAGCUGAUAAGGGAAGAAUAAAUGUUUCAGGGUGGCUUAAGCCCAGCAGAUGAUAGUGGAGGUAAAAAGAAGAAAAAGAAACAGAAACGGAAGAAGGAAAAGGGUGAUCAACUUGAUAUGACCCAAGAUCAGUCCGUAAAGGUGAAUUCAUUGCCACCAGAAAGGAUGCAUGAGAUUCAAAAGGCCAUUGAACUCUUCUCAGUAGGACAAGGACCUGCCAAGACAAUGGAGGAAGCCACCAAGCGCAGCUAUCAGUUUUGGGACACACAGCCAGUUCCCAAAUUAGGAGAAGUAGUGAACACUCACGGGCCUGUAGAACCUGACAAGGACAAAAUCCGCCAGGAGCCCUACUCCUUGCCUCAGGGCUUCAUGUGGGAUGCUCUGGACUUGGGGGAUCGAGGUGUGCUCAAAGAACUGUACACUCUCCUGAAUGAGAACUAUGUGGAAGACGAUGACAACAUGUUCCGGUUUGAUUACUCACCAGAAUUCCUGUUGUGGGCUUUGCGUCCCCCAGGCUGGCUACCCCAAUGGCACUGUGGCGUGAGGGUCAUCUCAAGCAAAAAACUGGUUGGUUUCAUCAGUGCUAUUCCAGCUAGUAUCCACAUAUAUGAUAUGGAGAAGAAGAUGGUAGAAAUAAAUUUUCUCUGUGUGCACAAAAAACUGCGUUCCAAGCGUGUGGCCCCUGUUCUGAUCCGAGAGAUCACCCGACGAGUUCACUUGGAGGGAAUUUUCCAAGCUGUCUAUACUGCAGGGGUAGUGCUGCCAAAACCUGUAGGAACCUGCAGGUACUGGCAUCGGUCCCUGAAUCCACGCAAGCUGAUCGAAGUAAAAUUUUCCCACCUGAGCAGGAACAUGACUAUGCAACGCACCAUGAAACUCUAUCGGCUUCCAGAGACUCCAAAGACCCCAGGGCUGCGACCAAUGGAGCACAAAGACAUCCCUGCUGUGUAUAGGCUUCUGGCAGAAUAUCUGAAGCAAUUCCACUUGACUCCCGUCAUGAAUCAGGAAGAAGUGGAGCACUGGUUUCUGCCCCAGACCAACAUAAUUGACACAUUUGUUGUGGAGAAUACUGAUGGGGAAGUGACGGACUUCUUGAGUUUUUACACCCUGCCCUCCACCAUUAUGAAUCAUCCUACCCACAAGAGCUUGAAAGCAGCCUACUCCUUCUACAAUGUCCACACCAAGACACCAUUUCUUGACCUUAUGAAUGAUGCCCUUAUAUUAGCCAAGAUGAAGGGCUUUGAUGUUUUCAAUGCCCUGGAUCUCAUGGAGAAUAAAACCUUCCUGGAGAAGCUGAAGUUUGGGAUUGGAGAUGGAAACUUGCAAUAUUAUCUCUACAAUUGGAAAUGCCCCAGCAUGGGGCCAGAGAAAGUUGGCCUGGUGCUGCAGUAACCAAGAGUCUUUGGAGAAGUACAGGCAAAGUUGCUGAAGAGUUGGGCCAGCCUGGAAUGGCUAGUCCUCAUGGCUUCUACUUCCAUGGAAGUGAGCACCUCCUGCGGAGGAGUUUGCGCUCACUGCACUGGCCACGUGGAUCCUCCAUUGACACUUGAUGAUUGUAUUGCGUGCCACUGAAUGCGCCAAUGUGUCGGCGCCAGCACUUGGCCUCUUCUUCCCUCUCCCUCACCCCUCGUACAAACAUGAUCAAGGGAAUGUAACUGCUGAAAACAAGCUCACAAUUGGCAUAUAUUGGAGUUAACGGGUGAAUAUUAAUAAAAAUUAUAUUAUAUAUUCUAUAUUUUUAAAAUGUUUGCUGUUCACCUGAACGAGGAACGGGAUGGGCCACCAGACCGCUUAGCUUUUUGUCUUAAGAAUUACUACUUAAAGGCCCAGAUUGUAAAGGCCCUUAUAAACCCCAAAGAAGUAGAUGGGACUGUUGGUGGCAGGAGUGUGGUGUUUCUUAUUCCAUCACUAUUUCUGGUGCUUUUUUAUUCUCCAAAACCACAAUUGUGCUGCAUUAUUGGUUUUCUUGGGUGACUUUGGUCCAGACUGAAAGGUUUUCCUGUUUUCUGUCUUUUGCAUGGAGCAAAUGUCUAACUCACUCCAAUUCCAUGUUCAAAUAAAUUUCUCUUAGAAGGGAACAGACUAUUUUAAUGACUGCUGGAGUCCACCAGUUUGGAACAACUGGAUGAUAUAGCUUAUCAACUCAUCGCUCCAUUCCUAGAUUUGCACAAAUAAUUACAUAGUGCAAAACUUGAAUUACCAAACUUUGAUAGCCUUUUGACUCUUAAAGGACAUUCCUUGCUCUGAAGGGCAAGUUUUUAAGUUUUCUCCAGGAGAUAAGUUGUCUUGUGGCUUGCAGUUUCUUGAAUUAUAACUUCACUCUCUUGGUUUCUGAUUUACUUCUCUUGUGUUUUCCAGCAAUAGAAUCUAAUUUGUCAAUGAUUCGAUCAAAAAGAUUCUUAGCUGUGCUAUAUACUUUUACUUAAAUCAAUCAGUAGUCAUCCUUGGAAUCAACUUGUGUUGUUUCUACCUUUGGAAAUAAAAUUUUGUGCUUCCUUUUUCUUUCCAUAAAAAUUUGAUGUGAUAAAAUUUGUGCCAAUGAUUCCACUCUAUAUCUAGGUAAACCUAUAAGAGCAGAUUCCACACAAGGAAAAAAUAGCAAUUCAAAGCUGAGCUUCGUUAAUGGAUGCCUUCUAGGGGGAUCUAUUAUAAUGCCAGGAUAUCUGUUAGCACACUGUUUAUUUCAUUCUAGCUUUUGUUUCUGAAGGUGGAAAAAUUUAAGUUUUUACAUGUAGCCAUUGGCUAAAGAAUGAUUCCUGUUGUUGUAUUUGAACUUUACAGUUUGAUUGAAGAGUGAUUUAUCUAUCACGGCUUAUCAGAUAAAAUGAUAGUUGGCACUUUGCCCAGAAGUGUAGAAUGUUUUCUAAGCUGGGAAAUGCUCAUGAGGAAGGAAGGACUUCUUUUCUGCAUUUCUGUAGAAAUGAUCAGUUGGAGAGGGGAAAAUAUGUUUUGGAGAAUGGGUGAGACUACAUACUUUGUGCCAUACUUUGAAAGCAGACAUAUACAAAGUGCAGUCCUUUGCUUGCUGGAUUGGAAUUCCUAGCAUUUUUCCUCAUUGGCUAUACUACUUUGGGUUGCUGGUUUUUGUAGUCCAGCAAUAUCCAGAGGGUCACUGUCUCUGGUCUAGAUCACUGAGGACUGGCCUGAGUUGCAGAAAGUCUGUUCCAAUUUGAAGUAAAAGGAAACAGGGUAGUAAAUGGGAAAGUGGUUCUAGAUUGUGUUCAAUACAUCUCAUCCAGGUGAUAGAAGCCUCAUUCCAGAGCUGGUAAAGUGUAAUAACGGUUAUUAGAUUGGAGAAUGUAAUAACAUUUUUUCAUUUUAUCAGCACUGGGACUGUGUAAUCAUCUUAUAUAGUACUGAUUGUGCACACUCUUACUGUCUGUUUUAGAGACCGCUAUUCCUUGCCUUGGAGAAAAGGCACUUCUGAAGGCUUAAAUGUUCCAAGGAUAAUGGUGUCAAAACAUAUUACAGUACUUCUUAAGCUAAAUAAUACCUUGUGUGAUUUUUGCAGCGUGAUAAGGGCUAACUGUAACCCAUAACUUUGAACAUCCUACUUGGUGUAGUGGCACAGCACUGGCUUUCAACUGGUUAUCUCCCUUGGACUUAGUUUUGUUUGAUUUUGAGUCUCCAUGGUAAAUCUAUUGCCACUUUUUGGGAAGUACUAUAUUUUUCACCUUAGAAGGGUUGCACAAAGAAACUCUUUGCAUUUCCAAUACCUUCCGUUCUCAAGACCCAAAGCAAAUGGUUCAGUCCAAGAUUCCUAUCUGUAUUCUCAUUCUCUAUCUUCCCAGGAUACUUCUGGUUCCAGACUGCAGACUUUGACCCACCUUCUAACAUUGUGGCUGAGGGUUUUAGUUCUUUUCAUCUCUGCCAAGACUCUCUGAGGUGUGCUGUGAUGACAACUUCAGUGACUAAGACUUUUGACCUGAGCUUGUUUGUGCAUAUAUCUUUAUCCUGCUUUGUUGCAGCCUCUGUAUAGAAUUCUUCAAGUGCGAUAAACAUGAACAUUUCUUUUCA